ACAGCAAAGGCCUCAGUCCUUUUUAACAUUUCAUUUGUGUUUCCUGUUGCCUUUUUAUGGUGCUCUGAUCCUUGUUGUUUGUUGCUUCUAAAGGGCCUGUUCGUGUACAUUUGGUUUCAAUGGAAGAUGAGGGAAUUCACAGCAUUUUUGAGGAGGGCCUCACGACUUUGCAGGAUUGAGUCUUAACAGUGCACUAUUCCCAGGCCCCAGGGCAGAAAUUAGUGAGCAGGGCUGUCAUUUUGGAACAGCUUCAUUGAGGGUGACUUUGAAAAUGACCAGUAUAGUUUUCAGUAUUUCACUGAAACCUACAGAGCAAUUUUCCUUCGUGAGAGAUACAGCAUAUGGUCUGUUUAAAGUAAAGAUGUCUUUAAAUUCAUCUACAUGUUUGAACCAAGAAAGCCAUCAGAAAUUAAAAAGAAAUUUUGAAUGUUUGAAAAAUUCACAACAACAGACUACUUCAUCACUUCAAGAUAAUCCACUUCAAAAUUUACAGUUAGCAUCCUGGGAAGUUCUUGAAAAGGCCCAAAAGAGUGGGAGAUCAAAGUGCCCAAGAUGUGGUAGUUCAAGGAUGUUUUAUUGUUAUUCAUGUUAUGUUCCAGUUGAAACUGUGCCUAGCAAAGAAAUUCCAGUUGUGAAGCUUCCUUUGAAGAUUGACAUAAUUAAACACCCAAAUGAAACUGAUGGCAAAAGCACUGCUGUACAUGCUAAACUCCUGGCACCUGAAGAUGUUACCAUUUAUACAUAUCCUUGCAUUCCGGAAUAUGAAGAAAAAAGACAUGAAAUUGCACUUAUCUUUCCUGGUCCUAACUCAAUUUCGGUAAAAGAUAUUAUUCUCCAUCUGCAAAAAAAUGUUCAGAAAAAUGUUAGUUGUGGCAAUGAUGAUGAUUCUUCAGCAGAGCCAUUUCUCAAGAAAGCAAAAAUAGAAACAAAAGAAGAUAGAAACCUAAGCGAACACAAAUCAAACAGCAGGCGUGAAGACACUGUACUGAAGAAAGUAAUAUUUAUUGACAGUACUUGGAAUCAAACCAACAAAAUAAUCACUGAUGAGCGACUCCAAGGGUUACUACAAAUUGAGUUGAAAACAAGGAAAACUUGCUUUUGGCGUCACCAGAAAGGAAAGCCAGAUACAUAUCUUUCUACAAUUGAAGCCAUUUAUUAUUUUCUUGUGGAUUAUCAUCAGGAGGUUUUAAAAGAGAGCUCCAAGGGACAAUAUGACAACCUGCUUUUUUUCUUUUCAUUUAUGUACACGUUGAUAAAAAACGCCAAGAAUUCUGCAGGAAAAGAAUAAGCCAAGCUAUCCAUUUGUCUGUGAAUAGCACCAUGUUUGUCUUUCUUUAAUUAUGAUAAAGUGAAGUAAUACAAUUUUUUGUCUGAAUGACAUUUGAGUUCAAUAAUAAAACACAGCGUAUUACAGUCUGGAGUUGUCUGUAAUGCUGCUCCAAAUGCAAGAGCAGGAUCUGGUUGUGCACACACUUGAUGCGUAAUUUUAAUCACUACUUAUUUCAAUGACAUUAUGCAUGUCCCUAAGGGUUGGCCAGUUAGGGCCUACUUUGUGAGUCUGACCCUGCAGUACACACCUCGGGUAAAACACAAUGUGUCGGAGGCAAGGAAUGGAGGAUUAAGACCUCAGACUGGAAAUAGUAAGAUCUCAGGAUUUUAAAGAGGAGUUAAUAUGUCAACACGGAAUCUCUUUCUAAAACGUACAGUGUAGUUCAGGUGAUUAUACUGUGCAGGAAUGUGCUCUAACCAAUCAGGUUGACUUCAUGCUGUUGAUAUUACAAUUGCUUACUGAAAUGAUUAGGACAAUAUUUCAUCGGGGGAAAAAAAUUAAAAGACCCAAGUUAGUUGACUGAAUGGAAAACAAAUGAUAAACUUUGUUAGUUUUAAAGCUGGAAAAAUGAUUUAGUUAUACAGAUAAAAAUACAGGCCUAGAUUCAUAAAGGUACUUAGGUGGGGUGAUGCUGAGCAGAUCCUGGUAAAAUUUUUAAGUAUAGACCAGACCUAAGCUGGCUAGAUAUUUCUGUCUUUUUCCUGUGUUGGUGAGGGAGUCACAAGUCUUGCAAAAGAGACAAGAGAAAUCAUAAUAAUUAACCUUUUUCAGAAAUCUGUGAGUUUAUUUUAGCUGUAUCUUUUUUUUCCUCACUAAACCUGGACAAUUUUCCAUCUGCAUUGGUCCUUCUCUCCCCUCCCAAAGGGGGGAGCCUCAGUAUCCGAGGGCAAGUAAACAGCACUGUGAAAAAGGCAUUAAGAAUUUCUGUUUUUAAACUUGUAUAGAAUUUUGUUUGGGGCUAUCACACUAAUUAAUUGUUUUACUUUUGUCUGAAGUGUACCAAGGUAUUGAAUUAAUCACAAUAAACAGAGCAUUGAAAUACAAA